UUGUUGCCUCCAGAGCAGCAUUCUCCAUGGCAACUGAAAACUUCUCUGGGCUGACAUAAUCCUCUUCAGCUCCCAGUGCACAGUCAAGGAAUUUUAAAAAACAGAGGACUUUGAAAGCACAAAAUACUGUCCGACAUUUAAAAGGCUGCAGAACUCGAGAUAAACAAUCAUUUAUCUUCCCUAAGAAAUUCCUCUGGUUACAACUUUACCCCGUGAACAGCCACCCACCUAUCCCUAUCCAAGGCCAACUCAAGGUAAAGGAAGACUGGACAUGUGCAUCUGGACAAAGAUUUCAGUAUUUUGGGUGCCGUUUUUUCUUCUACUCAGCCUCUUUCCCAAUACUCAGACAGACAGACCCUCUUCCCAGGAGAACAGCAGCACUCGGAAUCAAGGCCAACUGGUGGAAGUCCUACGGGUUCUUUCUGCUGGUGACCACACACCCCUCAACAACUCACAAAGUCUUAUCAGAACAUUGUUGGAGAAGACUGGGUGCCCACGGAGGACAGACAGAAUGCAAGGAGAUUGCAACCUGUGUUUUGAACCAGAUGCCAUGUUACUAAUAGCUGGAGGAAAUUUUGAAGAUCAGUUUGGAGAGGAAGUCGUCCAGAAAGUUUCUCUUCUUCUUCUCUAUUACAUUACUCAUCAGGAAGAGAUCUGUUCCUCAAAGCUCAACAUGAGUAAUAAAGACUACAAAUUCUACCUACACAGCUUACUGCGCCUCAGGCAGGAUGAAAACUCCUAUUUCCUUUCAUUGAAUGAGACAGAAGACAUCUUGGCUUUAACCAGACAGUACUUUGGCACUUCCAGGAGCCAGUGUAUGGAAACAAAAAUGCUACAGAAGAAGUCUGGAAUCCUGAGCAGUGAUGGUGCUGAUGAAAAUACACUUCCUCAGCUGGCCGCCGCCAUCAUCACUCUGUCCCUCCAAGGGGUUUGUCUGGGACGAAGAGACUUGCCUUCCCCAGACUAUUUUACGGAAUAUGUUUUCAGAUUUUUGAACAGUACAAAUACCCUCCACCUAUCAGAACUAGACCAACUCCUCAAUACUCUCUGGACCAAAAGCGCCUGUAUCAAAAAGGAAAAAAUCUAUCAACUGCAAAGGAAACAAGGCAACAUAACAAUCCAUGAUUGGGACUACCCUAAUCCAUCUGUAUCUGUGGACAAAGAGUCAGAGGAUGGCCUAAUUUCCUGGGAUCAGACUUGCUUCUCUGCUAGGCAGCUGCUGGAGAUAUUUCUACAGAAGAACCAUUCACCCAUUUCCAAGGAAGACUUUAAGCAGAUGAGUCCAGGGAUCAUCCAGCAGCUACUUAGCUGCUCUUGCCAGCAGCCUGAAGACCAGCAAGCAAAGCCUUUGCCUACCACUCUGGAGAAGUAUGGCUACAGCACCAUGGCCGUGACCCUUCUUACACUGGGCUCCAUGCUCGGGACAGCGCUGGUCCUUUUCCACAGUUGUGAAGAGAACUACAGUCUUAUUUUACAGCUAUUUGUGGGCUUGGCUGUUGGGACACUCUCUGGGGAUGCUCUACUACACCUUAUCCCUCAGGUUCUUGAUUUACAUAAGCAGGAAGCCCAAGAGUUUGGACAUUUCCAUGAAAGCAAAAGUUAUAUUUGGAAAAUGUUGGGAUUAAUUGGAGGCAUCCAUGGAUUUUUCUUGAUAGAAAAAUGUUUUAUUCUUCUUGUAUCAUCAAAAGCCAAGCAGAGCCCAUCAUUGAUUAAUGGACAGGUGGAACAUUCCCACCAUCUUGCACCCAACCUUGAACUAGGUGACCAGUCCGGCAAAGGCAAAUAUUCUUCAACUAUUCAGUUGAGAGGCCCAGAAGAUUCACAGGCAGCUGAAAUUCCUAUAGGUAGUAUGACAGCCUCCAACAGAAAAUGCAAAGCCAUUAGCUUGUUAGCAAUAAUGAUACUGGUCGGGGAUAGCCUGCAUAACUUUGCAGAUGGCCUGGUGAUAGGAGCAGCCUUCACAUCUUCAUCUGAGUCGGGAGUGACCACAACAAUUGCUAUCCUGUGUCAUGAAAUUCCACAUGAAAUGGGAGACUUUGCUGUUCUCUUAAACUCUGGACUUUCCAUUAAGACUGCCAUCCUGAUGAAUUUUAUAAGUGCUCUAACUGCCUUCGUGGGGCUCUAUAUCGGCCUCUCAGUGUCUACUGACCCAUGUGUCCAAGACUGGAUCUUAACAGUUACUGCUGGGAUGUUCUUAUAUUUAUCCUUGGUGGAAAUGCUUCCUGAAAUGACUCAUGUUCAAACACAACGACCCUGGAUGAUGUUUCUCCUACAGAACAUUGGAUUGAUCUUGGGUUGGCUUUCUCUCCUACUCUUAGCUAUAUAUGAACAAAAUAUCAAAAUAUAAGAUUCUCAAAAUCCUUCAAAAAUGAAUUUAUAUGGUCUUAUUUCUUUUGUUGUAUUC